AAGCACAUUCACACUUUUUUUCACGAUCAUCAAAUUUUUCAAUAUCAACGAUGAGCACUCCAUCCAACGGUGAUAAACCCAUUGCCUUACUAUCGGUCUCGAAUAAAGAAGGCCUACUAGACAUCGCCAAGGGAUUACAUGCAUUUGGCGUCAAGCUGGUUGGAAGUGGAGGAACAGCCAAGGUCGUUCGGGAUAGUGGUUUACCAAUCAGCGAUGUGUCAGAGAUCACAGGGGCGCCCGAGAUGCUAGGUGGUCGGGUCAAAACCCUCCACCCUGUCGUUCACGGUGGUAUCUUGUCACGUCGUACUCCGAGCGAUUUGGCAGAUCUCGCCUCGCAAUCCAUCAAUCCCAUCAGCGUAGUGGUGUGCAACCUAUACCCAUUUACCAAAUGUAUCUCACGAGUUCCACCGCCCACGAUCGCCGAGGCUAUCGAAGAAGUUGAUAUCGGAGGUGUAACACUCUUGAGAGCAGCCGCGAAGAACCACGAACGCGUCUCUAUCCUUUGUGACCCAGCCGACUACGCCGGUUUUCUGCAGCAAUGCUCUGCAAACGGUCUUGGCGGUAUCAGCGAAAGUUUCCGUAACUCCUUGGCUGUGAAGGCUUUCUCUAUGACCGCCGCGUAUGAUGCUGCCAUCUCCUCUUAUUUCAGGAAACAGUACAACUCUGCCGAUUCUAUCCCGGUCGCAUCACUAGAUAUCAAGAAUGAACUUCGACAAAGGGCUCAGCAACUCACAUUGAGAUAUGGUGCCAACCCCCAUCAAUCACCUGCUCAGGCAUUUGUUGCGGAAGGAAAACUUCCAUUCUCGGUGUUGUCCGGUUCUCCCGGAUACAUCAAUCUUCUCGAUGCAUUGAACUCGUUUGCUUUGGUCCGAGAGCUUUCGGAAGCAUUCAAUCCACCUCUACCUGCUGCUGCGUCUUUCAAGCAUGUUUCACCUGCGGGUGUGGCGGUUGGCACUUCUGAACCUCUGACCGAUGUUGAAACUCGAGUCUUCGGUGUCGAAGGAAUUCGUGACAUGACGCCUCUUGCCAAGGCUUACGCCCGAGCCCGCGGAGCUGAUCGAAUGUCGUCAUUCGGCGACUUCUUAGCUCUGUCUCACACGUGCGACGUACCUACCGCGAAGAUUAUCUCGCGAGAGGUGUCUGAUGGUGUCGUUGCUCCCGGAUACGAACCAGAGGCCUUAGAGAUCUUACGAAAGAAGAAGGGAGGCAAAUAUUGCGUUUUACAGAUGGAUCCCACUUUCCAACCUGGUUUGACUGAAAGUCGUCAGGUAUAUGGUAUCACCCUAGAGCAGCGUCGAAACGACGUGAAAAUCACACCCGAUCUCUUCAGAAAUGUUGUCUCUCAAGCAACAGAGCUUCCUCCUUCUGCGAUCACCGACUUGAUCGUCGCUACUCUAUCACUCAAGUACACACAAUCCAACUCAGUGGCCUACGCAUUUCGUGGUGGAAUCGUCGGUUUAGGUGCCGGUCAACAGUCCAGGAUUCACUGCACUCGUCUUGCUGGUACCAAGGCUGACCUCUGGUGGUUGAGACAUCACCCCAAGGUCCUAGAUAUGAAAUUCAAGACGACCACCAAACGGGCUGACAAGGCGAAUGCUAUCGACCUUUAUGUCACUGACACCAUCUGGGAAGAUGAUGGAGAUGAGUCAGAGCCGAAGAGUACUGAACGACAAGAGUGGGAAGCCGUGUUUGACGAAAUCCCGGAACGAUUGACCAAAGAGGAGAAGAAAGCUUGGAUGAAGAAAUUGGAUGGAGUUGCAUUGGCCAGUGAUGCUUUCUUUCCCUUUACGGAUAAUGUAAGACGAGCUGCUAAAAGUGGAGUGAAGUAUGUGGCUGCUCCAGGUGGAAGUGUGAUGGAUGAAGCUGUCUUCAAAGCAGCAGAUGAGGCUAAUAUGGUCUACUGUAACACUGGUUUAAGACUUUUCCAUCAUUGAUGUAGGAAGUGUUUAUACUAAAUCCGGUCAGAAUCUCAUUAUACCGCAUCUGAGGAGUCGUUCCUGCAUGAAUGUAGAUAGUACCCAGAUAUGCUCAGUCAAAACUCAUUGCUCUUUUUGUUAGAUAUGUGCAUAACAAGUAGUAGUUCAUAUCAUUCCAAUUGUUUAUCUCACUUGCUCAAAAAUGUCACGUAUCAAUCUUG